AUUAUAUUUUGGAAGUCAUUUAUAGUUUUCGUGAAAAUUCGUUCCUGUUACAUGUAACGUCAUGUGAAUUUAUUUGGAAGGUGCUCAACCGGAUACGUGAUAUUGUUCUAGAAGGCGCCGCCACGGACGUGAAGAAAUGCUCCACAACUGGCUUAAACAUUGAUUGUUUUCCUCUAAAAGUCCACUUAUUUAUUAUUCUACAAGUUCGCCGCGUCCCUGAGCUACUUGGGAGUGUCUUUGAAGGAGCACGGAGGAAAACAUCGCCAUGUCGUCGCCGCUCGAGAUGACGGAAAUGUACGACAACGCGCUGCUGGGCAUUCUGCAGCAUGUCGGAAACAUUCAAGACUUUCUGCAGGUCUACUUUGGCUUUUUGUACCGCAAGACCGACUUUUAUCGACUCCUCGGCGGGCCCGGCGACAAGAUGGGCUUUCCGCCAGGUGUCGCCGAGAAGAUGGUCCUGAAGACGUUCAAAAUGUUUGAGAAGUUUUCCGAGCAGAACCGCGAGCUGCAGAAGCGGGGGGCCGAGAGCGCGGCGGUCCCCCCGGGGGUCCCCCCGGCGGUCCGGGAGCUGGAGGUCACGUCGGAGGCCACGAGGGAGUUUGAGAGCGCGGAGGCGGGACUGGGACCGGAUCCCAUUCCGGAGUCCGAACCCUCUGCCGGACCUCGGGCCGAGCAGGCGGCUGGGGCGGCCCGCUCGGAGAGGUCCGGUCAGAACUCGGACAGCUACAACGGCGCAGUGCGCGACAAGUACCAGUGGUCUCAGGACUACAACGACGUGGAGGUGCGCGUCUUCGUCCCCGAGGAGGUGGUCAAAGGCAAGCAGGUGAGCGUGACUCUGCAGAGCGGCGGCGUGCGCGUGUGCGUGCGUGCGGGCUCCGAAGAGCAGACGCUGGUGGAGGGAAACUUCCCGCACAAGAUCAACACGGAGAAUUCGAUGUGGAGUCUGGAACCGGGAAAAUGCGUCGCGCUGUCGCUGAACAAGUCGUCGGAGGUGUGGUGGAAGUGCGUCCUGGAGGGCGAGGAGGAGAUCGACGUGGACCGGCUGAAUCGCGAGCGCUCCAUGGCCAGCGUGGACGAGGAGGAGCACGCCGUCCUGGACCGGCUCACCUUCGACUACCACCAGAAGCUGCAGGGGAAGCCGCAGAGUCACGAGAUGAAGGUUCACGAAAUGCUGAAGAAGGGUUGGGACGCGGAGGGUUCGCCGUUCAAAGGUCAGCAGUUCGACCCGUCCAUGUUCGACAUCCCGCCCGGCGCCGUGCAGUUCUGAGGCCCGACCGGGCAUGGUCGCGCCAGGAUGCGGCGCCGGACGACUUUUGGGCUACUUCCUGUGACGUCGCGAGGCGCCGAGCGAUCCGACCAAUAGGAGGACGUUGACGCCGUCAUCGACGACGGACGACAUUUUUCUUUGUGACGAAAAGUCAACAUGGUCUGUCCACCAAUGAACAAACCGCACUCUGUCUAGCUCCGCCCCUUCAGGUAGCUCCGGUACCCAACGGAUGAAAGUUUCUGAAAUGCAAUAAAACUUCACUCUUUU